AUUACAAUGAGGUAAGUAUGAAUGGCACGUUAGGGGAGGUCCGAAGAAGGAGUGGUGAGCUUUGCCUGGUGGGAUCAGAGAAGGCCUCACAGAGGUGGAGAAGUUGGCAUUGAACGAUGGGUAGAACUUUGCAAAGUAGAGGAGGAGACAGCAUGCACGUUCCUGAUGUAGCUGCAAACGAAACCUAGUUAAAUGAACUGCACCAGAGACUUGCAAGAGCUUCCAGAUGGGAGAAGGGAGGACAAGAAGAGAUCAGAAAAAGGUCUUUGGGCCUUCAAUGUGAAGAACUCUUUAGUGAUGGAGAUGAUCGAUGCAAGAAAGAUAAAGACAGAAGAAGAACUCACAGAGAACAUCGGGCUUCCCCUGAACAUGCUUGAGAAACACAACCCUUGGCCAGCCUAUGUCACAUAUGUGUCCCCGAUGGUGAAAAGACUCAUUGAGAAAAGCAAAGCUAGAGAUCUGGAAUGCAUGCAAGCACUCGAGGAAAGCCAACGGACAUCGAGGCAGAGCAAGCCAGCCAGCAUCACGCAGCUGAAAAGGAGAAAGUCAUCUAAGUGCUCUGGAAACUUGGUGUUGAAGGACUCGAGGUCAGAGACCAUGUUAUCGGUGUGGAGCUCAUACUCCAUGCCGGCCAUGGGUCCUACCACUAUCCCAGAGCCAAGGCACUUUCAUACGGAUGCCAGAGAAAAUCCUACUGCAAACUAUAACAAGAUCAUCUUCUCUCGAAAACCCAUGAUGAGGAUGCUUCCAUACAGCUCCCUUCUAGCCAGCAAGGAGAAACAUUCAAAUAUUUAGCAGGGACUCCCUGCAGUCAUCCCCCCCACCCCCGCUCCUCCGCCCAAGAUUGUACAGCAAUUAAGCUCCGUUUGCCGCAAAUUUCACUAUGUCCUUUAAAUGUGAACUUGCCCCUGCUUGUGCAGAGGUUGGCUUAGAUAAACCAGAUCUGAAUGUGGGCUGUGGGUGGGCAGGUAUAUCCCCUCCAGCAUCAUAGUCAGAUGGGGUUGGGAAGCCCCACACUCUAGUUCCUGCCAUAGAUGCUUAGAACCUAACUGAGGGUGAAUGAGUCCCAGUCCAGGCAGGACACAGAAAUCACUCCAAUUACUAUGCCAGAGAUAAUCUGAUAGAAAGAAUUUCUAACCAGGUAACUGAAAAGGUGGGAAGAGAACCCAAGGGUAUUAGUGGAGGUAGCCACCUGCAGGAAGCAGGUUUCCCAAGGCUGGGGGAACAAAGGUGAGAUAUUGGACUUAUUAAAAGUUAGGCACUUGGAGAAGAGGCAUGUGGGCUGAAUCUCAGAUUUCUGAGACUGGGCGGGGUGGGUGAUGCUCCUCAGCUGGUUCUGGUGUCCCUGAGCUCAGAGGAAAUUUCCAGUGGGGAUGGUACCUCAGUCUCUGUGGAAGGGAAGCUCUUUGGCUGAGGUUGGUUCUGUGAUUGUUGAGAAAACCAAAAACUGGACUGAAAUGCUUCUGGAAGGAAUUGACCCCGCCUGAGUGGACAAGAAGCGUUGCCAGUGGAAACAGACAGGGACAGGAAGCCAACAGAGGGUAAACAGGAAACAAACCUAGAGAGAAUUCCUUCGUCUUCUUCCAGCCUCAUAGCUCCCCCCUGCCCCAUAUCUCCUAUGGGCAGAGCCUCUCAGGGAGGAAAGCAGGAAUGUGGUUUGCGGAAUCCCAAACCCCAACAUCUCAGCAUAGGAUAAAAGGAUAGACUUGAAGCCAAACUAGCAUGGUGGUGUUCUGAGUAAGCCCACCUUGCUCCAUCUGGCACCUGAACUUGGUAUUGAAAUGUUUUCUCCUUGGUGGGUUUACAAAGUGGCAGUGGGAGUGUGAGUGUCCCCUGCUGAGAAAUGGAGGAUUUCCUCCCCUGCACUAGUUUAAGGCUUGCCUUGUGGAGCAGAAUUGGCAAGGGAGAAGUUCUUGGCUGGACCCCAGCUGUUAUUCGUCAGACCACACUCAGCACUGGUCCAUCCGUGCUCUGGGCAGUUCCCAAUUGGCCCCAAAGCAAGUGAUGUUAAACUUAGCCUCAAAGCGGACAGGCUUUGUCUUUAGAUGCAAGGGGAAUCUGGUUAUGACAGGGAGACCUAGCUGGUCUCACAAUUGGAGUUUAUCUAUUGAGGAUAGCAUGGCUCCAUUGGUAGCUUUUCUUUGACUUCACCUGAAUUUCUGUGUUUAUAUUCAUGAAGCAGUCAAUACCCAUCUUGCUUCCCUCAGAGAGAUGUAGAGGAUGUGAUGGGCAAGUUGCUGUAAAUGCCAUUUGAAGAAGUCAAAUUUGCCCUACACAUGGCAUUAUUUCCAUACAGGAAUCUUGCAGCAACUUUGGCACUCACCUCUGUGUGUGAGUAGUGUUGGGACAGCUGCAGAAAUUAGGAGCUCUGGACCCAUUCCUGGGUUGCCAGCUCUUGGCCAGAACGAAUUCUUGCAAAAGUACAGUUGGUUCCAGUGAAUCUGAAUGACUGUAUUUUGUGUCCGUGGAUCAUUUAUAGACAUGGAGGCAGGUGAUAAAUUCCUCCAACAAGAAUUUUUAUCUCUUCUAUCCUUUCAUGGGAAUUUAAAGCUAGAAUAUAUUUGGAGUAGAUUUGGGAGUAGAUU